GUUGCUGUGGUCGCACUGCUUGCUGAUGUUUUGAUUUUGUUUUUUAUUUCGCUUGGAAUCGGAUUUUAAAGAUUUUUAAUUUGUGUUAAGUGACAUUAGAUGCAACCAUUUAUUGUUAUUCGCAACUAUCGGGAAGAUGAUGAGCUCAAGUGCCAGGAGUUGGUGCGGGACUACAUUAUGUCAUUCUCCUCAAAAUCUUUCUUUGCCUUCUGCUUUCGGGAGAUAACACUACAAUUUAUAGUCAUCACUUGGGCAAUAUUCUUCAUUUUUCUGGGUGUGCCACUUCUAUUCUGCGUCCUCACAAUACCCGGCUGCGUAUUCUUCCUCUUCACCAGCACCUACUUCUCCUUCUAUGCUAAGGCAGUGGAGCUAAUGAGGGUGAAACCCUCGCAAUCGCUAGUUGCUGAGUGCUAUGAACCAUUCAUAUUUCGCUGUGCUCCCAACGAGGCGAGCUAUCAGAUAUUCAUGGAUGAAGCGCCUUUUGAUGAGACGUACAAGAACAAGUUUCGACGACGCAUUGUGGCCACGAUUAGCGUUAAGAAUCACCAUGCUGUGUACAAUGCAGCAUGGAUCUAUCGUUUCGCCAUUGCCAAGGACUAUCCGCAUCAGAAGAUCAUGGAGCCAAUGAUUAAUCAGAUUUCAAAUACAUGUACAAAUGCCGGCUACGCCUCAUUGGAGUGCACCAUCUCCGAGUGGCAGGAGCAUGAACGGGACUUUUACGACGAUAUGGGAUUUGUGACACGACAAAUCUAUCACAAGCAGAUCAUUGGCAGCAGCGUUACCGUGAUGAAGACGCAGCUAACCUUCAGCUUACGCACAGAUGACACGUUGCAAAAGCAAAACUAGUGCAAAACACUCAAGAGAGAAGCCAUCAAUAGAAUCUCCGAAUAACUGUGAAACAUAGCGCAAUAUAUAUUUAUAUACUCGAAAUGUUUGUAUGUCCUCCAUUAGUACAUUCCAGUCACGCAAAGCAGGCAAAUUUUUAUACUUGACACAGCAUAUAAGAUAUUCUAUAUAUUAUAGAUGUAUUUAUUGAAACACAUUUGUAGGAUAUUGCUUCGUUUUGUCCUGUUUUAUUAUAUCUUGUUUAUUCUUUGACAUAUUCUAUUUAAAUAAAUAAAAUAUAUAGUAAUAAAUUAAAAAGUUUGCAAGUGUUUAGCGUAAUGUUUUAUAAUGCCACACAUCUAAUUGUUGCUGUUGGUUUUUGAAUUUGUUUUUGUUUUUGUAGGUACAUUCAUUUCUCGUUCUUUGAUGCAUUUUAACUGGAUUAGCCGCUGUUUAUAAAAAGCUUUCAUGCAAUUCAGGACUUGCCUUGACUGCCAAAGUUUAACUUAUUGAAAUUUGUAUACAUUGUUUUGUAAUACCUCUGCAGAUCGCAUUUCACUUUCAAUACAUUCAAACGCAAAUAGCUUUCAGAUUGAUCUAAUUAGUGAAAUAUUAGUUCUUACUCUAGGAACAAUAUGAUAAGUGUGACGAUCUGCAAGAGUAUUCAAACUUCGUCCAUGCCGAAGUUGAGUUUUAGUUCUUUUUUUUUUUGGUUUUCUUAUAGAAUUUAAAUAGUUAUCUGCGCAACUAAUGCUUAAAAAAAUAAACUGGAUCUGCAAUUACUGCAGUCCGCACUUCAAAUGUAACUAUUUCCCUUUCUUUCAAUUAUAUAUUUAAAGCGUGUUUCAAAACUGGCUGUGAAAUUAGCAUAGUUUUAUCAAUUCAUUAACUUUUGUAUUGUUUUUGAUGUUGUUGUUGCUGUUUUGCUUUGCUGCCAUUUGUUUUAUAGUUAAGAACCCUCAAAUGAUUAGGUAAUUGUUUUUUCUUUUGUUUAAUUUGGUUUCGUCGCAAAUAGCCAAUCUGGAUCUGGUUCUAUCCAGGCUGUAGCAUUUAGAAGAGCUUCACACGUCGCUUGAGCUCAUUGCGCCUCCACUGGGGCAGCCUGUAGAAUUCGGAUCU